AUGUUUGGUAGCGGCACCACCGGCAACAGCUCGCCCGGGUCCAAAGCAGCAGCAGCCGAGACGACGGACGACGCUGCCGCCGCCAAGAUUCCGCUCUCCUCCCCCACCACCGGUAGCGACGGCGUCGACGAGGGCGCAUCCACGACCCCCGCCUCGGCCGCUGCCGCUACCCCCUCCAAGACGACGGAUCAGGCUGCCAGCGGCGAGAAGCGCAGCGGCAACGGCAGCCCCACCGGCCGCAACAGCAACAACGGCAGCGACAACGGAGGUGGCGGCGGCGCAGGGGUGUCCUCGGAUAAGAAGAGACGCAGCAGCAGCAGCGUAGGCGGCAAGGCAAGCAGCCUCAUCGCCUCGGCCAAGAACUCUCUCAACUUUGCCCACGUCGGCCGCGCCUCGGCCGCGGCCGCGGCCGCCAACGCCAACAGCUCGGACAGCCAGUCACCCAUCCAGAAGCUCGGCCGCCACGACCCGGCCCUUGCUGUGCCCCAGGGCCAGUACAACAACUCGGCCGGGGAGUCGCUGCCCGGCCCGAAAUCCACUUUUCGCGUGGGCGUCUGGGAGGACAGGAACAAGAAGUGCCGCCGCACAAUGGAGGACACGCACGCCUUCCUCUACAACUUCCUGUCCACCACCCCGCCUCCCAGGCCCGCCACCACUGCGGCGGCGGUCUCGGCGAGCGACCCGGACGACACCGUCGGCUCGCAGAAGCAGGACGUGGUGGAGUCGGACAAUGGGUACUUUGCCAUCUUUGACGGCCACGCCGGCACCUUUGCGGCCGACUGGUGCGGCAAGAAGCUCCACGUCCUCCUGGAGGAUACGGUGCGCAGGAAUCCCACCGCCCCCAUGCCGGAGCUCCUCGACCAGACCUUCACCGCCGUGGACAGCCAGCUCGAGAAGCUGCCGGUGAAGAACAGCGGGUGCACGGCCGCCAUCGCCGCUCUCCGCCUGUCGUACGACCACAAGGGCAGCGACGAGAAUGAGGGAAGGCGCAUCGCCAACGCCGGUGGGCUGAUACUCAAUAACCGCGUCAAUGGCGUGCUGGCCGUCACGAGGGCGCUGGGCGACACGUACAUGAAGGAUCUGGUGACCGGGCACCCAUACACGACGGAGACGGUCAUUCAGCCUGGAAGCGACGAGUUUGUCAUUAUUGCCUGUGACGGUAUCUGGGACGUCUGCAGCGACCAGGAAGCCGUAGACCUGGUACGCGACAUGCAUGACCCCGUGGCGGCAUCCAAACUUCUCGUGGACCACGCCCUCAGCCGGUUCAGCACGGACAACCUGUCGUGCAUGGUUCGGACGCGGUCACGAUCCUAUAGCGCGGGGCAGGGGCAGGGAUGA